CAUUUGUCACUAACAAAUGACAUGACAUCCUUGUCUCUGAACUGGAGAGACUGGGAGCUGAUGGAUGGACCACUUGGUGGAUUAGGAAUUGGCUGGAUGGCUGCACUGCGUCCAGUAAAUAUAGCCCUCGCCCUAGCAGCAAAUGAUUCGGCGAAAGAAGUUGGUUUGCUUGAUGCAGACAUAUAUGGACCUUCAAUUCCAAAGAUGAUGAACUUAAAAGGAAACCCAGAAUUAACACCAAAAAAUCUAAUGAGGCCCCUUAAGAACUAUGGAAUCGCAUGCAUGUCUAUGGGUUUCUUGAUAGAAGAGACUGCCCCAGUUGUGUGGAGAGGGCUCAUGGUAAUGUCAGCUGUUGAAAAAUUGUUGAGACAGGUUGACUGGGGUCAACUGGACUAUUUAGUGAUUGACAUGCCACCUGGGACUGGAGAUGUACAACUGUCAGUAUCUCAGAAUAUUCCAAUUGCAGGAGCUGUGAUUGUCUCCACUCCACAAGACGUGGCUUUAUUGGAUGCACACAAAGGAGCUGAAAUGUUCAGAAAAGUCCAUGUACCUGUUUUAGGACUAGUUCAAAAUAUGAGUGUUUUCCAGUGUCCCAAAUGUAAGCAUGAGACGCAUAUUUUUGGAACUGAUGGUGUAAAAGAUCUGGCAAAAACUCUUGGAUUGGAUAUGUUGGGAGACGUUCCACUGCACAUCAAUAUACGGGAGACGUGUGAUUCAGGACAGCCUGUUGUGAUCUCUCAGCCUCAAAGUGAUGCUGCUAAAGCCUAUCAUAAGAUAGCUAUGGAAAUAUUAAGAAGACUACCAGUACCUCCUGCUUGAAGCAUUUGCCACUGAAAUUUAGCAAGAAAGUGAUCUUUGAUGCUGCAGUGCAGAAGAGUCCUGUUACCUAAAUACAUGGAGGCUAUAACUUAAUUCUAAGAACUUCUUUAGGAAUUAAUUUACCAGAGGUUAAGUUAUGAUUGUGAUAAUUACUGUUUUUCACAUCGUUGUUUGGCCAUGUCCAAAAGGAUUCAAGUAUGCAAAUGAUGAUAGACAGUACCUAACUGCUGAAUUGUAACAUCAUCAAGCAAGAAGGGAAGAAGUACAUUUUUUCCAUGUGCCCUAUUUUAAAGUCAAGAAUGAAAAACAGCCUCUCCGUGCAAGGAGAACGAUGGUAUGCCAAGACAUAAAUUUAAUUUUUUAAGCAGGAUUUUCAAUACUCUAAUUUCCUUCAGUUUUUGUUCAGAUUUUUACAUGGCUGGCUGUCAAACUGACCUUAAGUUCUGCAAGAUUUUAAGAAGCAAAAUCAGUUCUGUAACUGCGGUACUUUUCUGUGUUCAUCUUAAAGGAAGAUUAAAAAAAUCCACGUAUACUCUGAAGAGUUCUUGUGAUGGAUGAUGAACAAAUUCAUUCAUUAUUGGAUAAAGUUCGAUUGUGAGGCAAUUCAAAUUCAGUGGAGAAUGGAUUACGUGACCCUGAGGCUUAUUUCUCUACUGUUUUACAUUAUAAUGAACCCAGACAGAAGACAAGGUAACAGAGGUCUUCACUGAAAACCAGAUGUUUUUCCUGAGCUCAGUUUGCCACAGAAUGCAAAUGAUCAAGAUAAAUUAAAUUUAUGAUUGCCUAUUCCUACUACAGUGCAGCAACUUGGAAUUUGAAUAUAAAGAUGUAUUUUUGAAGUAAAGAAAUAUUUGGUCUUCAAA